CUUCGGGAGACUGGGUCAUGAGCCUGGGCUGGUACAGCUGGUGAAUUACUACAGGGGGGCGGACAAACUGUGCCGAAAAGCUUCCUUAGUGAAGCUAGUCAAGACCAGUCCUGAGCUGUCUGAGUCCUGCACAUGGUUCCCAGAGUCAUAUGUGAUUUAUCCAACUAACCUCAAGACACCAGUCGCUCCAGCCCAGAAUGGCAUCCAGCUUCCGGUCAGUAACUCCAGGACGGAUGAGAGAGAAUUCUUCCUGGCUUCUUACAACAGAAAGAAAGAGGAUGGGGAAGGCAACGUUUGGAUUGCAAAGUCAUCAGCUGGUGCCAAGGGUGAAGGCAUCCUCAUCUCCUCGGAGGCGUCGGAACUUCUGGAUUUCAUAGACAACCAGGGUCAAGUACACGUGAUCCAGAAAUACCUCGAGCGCCCUCUGCUCCUUGAGCCUGGUCACCGAAAGUUUGACAUUCGAAGCUGGGUCCUGGUUGACCAUCAGUAUAACAUCUACCUCUAUAGAGAGGGUGUGCUUCGAACAGCUUCAGAACCGUAUCAUGUAGAUAAUUUCCAAGAUAAGACCUGCCAUUUGACCAACCAUUGCAUUCAGAAAGAGUUCUCAAAGAACUAUGGGAAAUACGAAGAGGGGAAUGAAAUGUUCUUCGAGGAGUUCAACCAGUACCUAAGCAGCGCUCUGAAUAUCACCUUAGAAAGCGGCAUUUUGACGCAAAUCAAACACAUAAUAAGGAGCUGCCUCUUGAGUGUGGAGCCUGCCAUCAGCACCAGGUACCUCCCUUACCAGAGCUUCCAGCUCUUUGGCUUCGACUUCAUGGUGGACGAGGAGCUGAGGGUCUGGCUCAUUGAGGUCAACGGCGCCCCUGCGUGUGCUCAGAAGCUCUAUGCAGAACUGUGCCAAGGAAUUGUGGACAUAGCCAUAUCCAGUGUCUUCCCACCCCCGGACACAGAGCAGGUGCCGCAGCCCGCUGAGUUCAUCAAGCUGUGAAGGACAGGAAGGUACAGAGCCACCUUGGGAAAUGUAUGGAACCCUGCUCCAGAGGAGCGUGAGAUGACUGGACUGCUCCUCCUCACGGCAUGCUGGGAACAGAUGUGCAGGCAGAGUGUGUGAAGAGAAGGCAGCUGCGGGAGACCAGGUGGUCCUGUCUCCAGUGCUACGGAGACCUUAGGAAACUGACGCCAGUCACCGAGAGGGAGAACCGAACACUUUUCUAAAGGGCCAGAGCCAGGGAUUUGGUGUAUCUCAGCCCUUGAGCAGUCUCUGGCCUUGGGUGGCACAGGUAGCCGAGAUUCCUCCCCAGGAUGCAGCCCAGAGAUCUCUGAGUGGUGUCAUCCCACCUGCUGCAGCGUUAGUGCCUUAGCUCUGUGUCCAGUGCAGCCUCGCUGGACACAGACUGGACCUUAGAGCAUUUUGGAGGUUGCCACAUGCUCCCUGCACAUCCCCUCGCGACACUAUGUCCCACUAAACUCUGGACAAGCAUGUAGCACAGUCCAGGCUGUGCACAGGCCUGUCAGUGAAGGCCUCUUGCUUGUCACCUUCCUGGUGGCUUAUGAGCGAGCAUUUGCCAGGGGUCCUAUGGGCACCAAACAGUGUAUUUUGCUCACUGCAUGUUUUAGAAGCAAAAGCAGCAGGCCUGAUAAAUCUGCAAGCAUCAAAUAAGCAUGAGAGAGAAAGAGAGAAAAGAGAAAACAUGGUAUCUGACUUUACUUAAUGGUGUGGGUGGGCGGGAGUCUCUGAAGUCUCAUGAGCCUCAGUUUGUCUUUGAUUUAAUCAGAAUUUUGAAUGCAGCUUUGCAGUUCCUCUUUCCUUCCUCACCUUUGAACCUUUGUAGCAAUCCUCUCUGGGAGUCAGGGAAGGUAGAAUUCCAUUCGCCAUUCUCCUCCUCACCUCAUAGCUCUCCCCAUAUCUGUCCUCCUUGCCUCCAAGGGCCUGGAGGGGCAGUCUCCAUUCCAGAAAGGGUCCUGUCUGCUUAAGCACGUAGGUAGCAGGAGAAAUGCCCUCUGCAUGAGGGUGUGUCCUGCCUGAGUGGAAAAGAAGUGUUUCUGGAGCUUUGCACAACCACCUGUGUCAACAGAAGUGCACUGCGAGACGUGGUUUUCUUGUAACAGAUCCAUUCAUAUUUUAUAGGCUUCUCGGGAGCCCACUCCUGAAGCAGUGGGAAGAUAGCGUGUGUAUUCAGUAUGAGCUGAGUACAUAGGCUUGCCUUCUACAGAGUGUCCUGGAAACCACAGUAGACACAGCGAAAGCUGCCCUUCUUCCCAGAGCAUAGUGCGGUUUUUUGUUUUUUCUGCUGUAUACAAGUGCUUAUUCACGCGCAUCUACUUGGUAUGUUCUGCAGUCAAAUGGGUCUUUUACAAAAGAGCUGGAGAAGAUAGAAUGAGAGGUGGGAACUUGUGACGAGGAAUGGAAUGAUGAAAUUAUUUUUAUAUGCAUCCAGCUAAACCGAAUGUGUUUAACUGAAGAAUGUUCCAACUCAUGGGAAUCUGGAAUUAGAGGGUAAAGGUGCAGUGGUUGCCUAGAAUAUGGGUAACAAAGUUGGCAGCCAGAGCAAAGUAAAACUUUUGACAUUAAGUCAGUCCUUGAGGCCCAGCACAGCUGAUGGGUUAGCACUGAGGAAUUUCUGAGGCAACAGAGGGAUUAGCCACAUCCUGGAAGAUGCACACACUGGGAGAGUGGAGGGUGCUGGGUUCACGGCUAGUUUAGGUGGGCCAGUAAAGGAGAGAGCAAGGCAGUCUAUGUAUGUUCUUGGACCCAAAUCCCAGGGACAUUCAAAAGUGUUUGGCUGUUAUAGUGACAGAGUUGACAAAGCAGAUGUCAGUAAGUCUUUAUGAAUCCUGACAGGUUUUGUAAUAAACCAUAACAAACCCAUAACAUCUGUCUAAGGGGAAAAUGGGGAGGGUUGAGUUCAUUCCUCACACUGCGUCAACCAUUCUAUGCAUUUACUUCUCACCAAGUAGGAAGGUUGGCUCUGAACCAUUUUGUAUUGUUCCAUGGUGUCAUUGGCACAGAUGGGCACGCCUGGCUUCCCAGCCAGUCUUUGAGGUUAGUCGGUGUAAGUGCUGCCCAUUGCUGGGGGAGGGGGUUAUUUAUUUGGAGCUAUUGAUUCCACUCCUGGCUCUGUCAUCUGACUGCCCAAUGUCACAUGAGCCAAAUAACCUCGCUGUGCCUUAGCUUCUUAUCUUGUGGAGGAGAUGUCCGAUGACCCAGGGGCUACCUCAAGAGCCUUUUGUGAGAACAAAGGAGAGUAGAAAGAAGACUCGAGGGCCUUUAGUCCCAAGGUUCUCAAUGCCAACUACAUGCUAUAACCUCCCAUGAAGUUAAAAAGAAGUUGAUGGCCCUUCCCACCUGUGGCCAACUGAAUCAGAACCUCAGGUAACUAUAUGUCUUGAGGUGCCUUGAAACAUUACUUUGGGAAGCAGGACAAACACUUUAUUACUUUGGAAGAAUCACUUAAGGAUUAAGGCUCAAACACACACACACACACACACACACUUUGAAGAAAGCAAAUCUGUAAGAACAAUCAUAUAUUGACAUAAAUACUCAGAAUAAGUAUUGGCCGAGCAGUUGCUCAGUUUGUGUCUCAUCCAAGCACCUGGAAAAACAAAUGUGCUUUCAUUUACACAAGCAGUUUAUUAAGUCCUUGAUAGCAGAUGUAAACAGAUAUGAAUCUAUAAGUCCAAUAAUAUGUAUCAGAGUUACUCAUUAAUUAUGGGAGAAAAGCCCCUCCCCUCACACUUGACUUCAAUGGCAAUUAUAAGUCCAUUUUGCCAAGAAUUUUUAAGUGCCUCUGUUCUGGGCUACAGGAGAGCAGCAGCUGGCAUGCACACUAGCUGACUGUGCGUUUCUGUAGCUCUUUGGGGUGACACUCACAUGCACAGAACAUUGGGGAGCACUGGAAAUGGGCUGUGACCAUGGAACCAGCCAGUGUCAACGACGCUAUAAGGUGUUUUGAUGAACAGUUGUGGUUGUGUGUGGGUGUGGCAGAGGGGGAUCCAUGAACAAAGAUGACAAGGUGCCAAAGUAGGUUGCAUGUGGCAUGUGGGUGCUGUCGUGAGGAUUCAGUGGUUGGUGGAUGUACCUCCAAUCCAUAGAACCGCACCUAAGAGGAAAUGAUCUCUGAAACAAGGCAAAUAUAUGAAUGUUUUAAAUGCCUGGAGCAUUAAAGUAAAGUAUAGACAUUUCAAGUG